CGUGGCUGUAGAUUUGGCUUCGAAAAUUUACACCCAACUUGAUAAUACGAGCGCUGCUCGUUUCGCAAACUGCAGACUGCAUCUGCCUUGCAUGGUAUUUCAUGUCACAGACGUCAAUCUGAGCUACGGUCCAUCCCAGGAGACUCGAUAUGAAGUCAAGGCGGACGGGCUUCGUGACCUGCUGAUCACCACCAAAGAGCCGAUUGUUCAGUUGUCACGGACAAGGCUCACUCAGCAAACCUUAGUGCUUGUUCGUCCCUGGGAUCGGUCUCUCCUCGAGCUACCAGACUUUGUAGAUCUGUCCGACGUUGAGGACGAUAUGGAAAACGAGGGGGAUCAUUGGACGCCUCCUUCUCCAUCAGAUGACUCACCUAGUCGUUCUCUUGUAAAACAGGAGGAGGUCGAUCUAGAAUCACGAGCAUUGCGUUUGCUUGUUCGCCUUGGACAACCUUUCGGGGCAUUUUUGCUAGCGCGACAGCGCGGCGGAGAAUACAGGAGGGUUGCGUCGGAUCGUGACAUCAUUGCACAGGUCAAAGAUAUGGCUUCUGUCGGAGACCUCAUAGACAUCAGGACGAUAGAAAUACUGUAGCUGUAUGUUUUCCCCCGAAGAUUAGGGAUCUGAGCGAUUUUCGUUGGUAUUUCGUAUGUG